AUGAAGCGAUUUGCAAGAGAAGAGGAGCCUGAGCUCGAUCGAGCUGAUCGAGCUGAGGAUCGAGCUGAGUCAGCUGAAGAUCAGGCCAGGAGAGUGCGGAUUUGGAGGAUUGGACUUCUCCAAAAGUUCAACAAAUGGCAAGGGAAAGCCAUUGAGAAGAUGCAAAAGUCCAUGGACAAGAUGGUGAGCAAGAUCAAAAGUUUGGAGAAGAAGGUUUCUGGUUCUUCAAGCAAGAAGAAGAAGUCCAAGGCCCCCACAUUCCCUAGGAGUAGUCACUCCUCACCACUCCAAGGAGGCUCCCUGCCCAAGAGCCUCACAGAGCCUCUUCUUUCGAGCCAAGGGAAGGAGAAGACAACACGCAGAGAAGGAGGAAGACUUCCAAGGCCAGACGCUCCAGCUCGACCACCGGACUCGAUCGAGUCCAAACAGAGGAAACUCAACUCGAUCGAGCUGAGGGUCGAGUUGACCUGGAGGAGCCCCUGUUUGAGAUCCGGAUUCGAGUACGAUCAACGCAGUACCAGGACUUCUCCCAGACCAACUGGACCCCUACAACAGCUUCGAGCAAGCCAGCUCCACCAAGGCCAAGGGAGCCACACACUUUGA